UUUAGUAUGUACAACUUCCUGGACCCCAAACUGAGCCCCAAAGUGUCCAGCAGCGCCCCCGCCACCGACAAUUACGAAGCCUCCAACCUAAUCAGCGAAAACGGGGCUGUCCGAGCCCGCGGUUUCCUAGCUUACACUGUAACGCGCCCCCCUGUAGCCCUAGAAUUCGAGUUUUUGUGCCCCAUUAGUGUCUCGUUCAUUGCACUUGAGACAAGUGUUGGGCGCCAAAAGUGUACAGGAAUCGAACUUUUUGCAAAAAACUCCACUACUCCCUUUACUUCAAUCGCCAGAGCGGUCUUUGACAAGUCGGGUUUAACCGUCUGUGAUAGCAAAACUUAUAAUAAAUCUAAACCGCCCCCUUGUCACACUCCCGAUAAAGAACUGCGUUAUUUUAAAAGUGAUCAGAGGCGCCUUUGGGGCGACACCACCUGCCUCAAAGUUGUGAUUUUUCGCACCGAUCGCAGCGUGCCCUGCUUGGGGGCGAUUAAGGUGUUCGGCGCCCCUUCGGGGAGUUGCUCCAAAGUGACUGUCGAGACAAUUGGGAGGAUUAUGGGGGGUUCCCCGGAAGCGCCCCAAACGGGGGGAGGACAAGAGGGGUUAAAAAUCCCCCAGGAUUUUGUUGAUGACUUAACUUGCGAAAUUAUGGCAAUUCCCAUGACUCUACCAAGUGGCAAAACUGUGGAUAGAGACACGCUUGACAAACACAUAGAGAGUGAAAAAUCGUUCGGUCGUAAACCUUGCGAUCCCUUCACAGGACUUAAAUUCACCGAAACGCGCAAACCGGUGAUCAAUGUUGCGCUCAAAAGCAGAAUUGAUAUGUUUUUGAUGCAGAAUUCGACAAAUCCGGCGUUUUUUGGGCUAAAAAGGGCGCUAGGGGGGCAAAAUUUGAGGGCCGAUAAUAAGAGGGCCAAGUACGGGGGGGAGAAAGAGUGUUGUAGUUGUCGGUGUUGCCAGUUUUUAUACAAAAUUCCCUGCCAGCAUUAUUAUUGCAGGAAUUGUCUGUUACAAGUUGUAAAAUUAGAGUGUAAUUCUUGUGGACUCGAAUUUGUAAAAAGUGACGCUGUACGUUGUCAUUAA